AGAAAUGUUCAGUCAUAGUAAAAACAAAGUAUACAACUGCAGUUUUAGGUGUUUUCAAAAAACAUAAGUAAGCAAAAUAGGAACGAUGACUCAGGGAUUUUGAGUUUGAAAGAUAUUGUUGUGUAGGCUUAGACUAGAAUAGCAGUGCAGUUACUGUGUAUGUCUUUGCACUUCAAAUAACAUAAUGGCGUCUGCUUGCUACGUUGACAGCAAAAUGUUCGCGUUUUUCAUCAUUUUAUGGAUGUGCACAACAAGUUAUGGUAUUUCUUAUCCAUUUGAGUGUAUUGCAGAAAUAAGAUCAGAGUAUAUUCUACCAGAUUUACCUUUUGGUUAUGACGAUUUAGAACCUUACAUUGACAGUGCAACUUUGAACGUACAUCAUCGCGGUCAUCAUGCAGGCUAUACACGUAAACUCAAUGCAGCAUUGCACCAGUGGGGGAGUGAGGAGCCAGACAGCUAUGCAGCAACAUCUAUCCUCAACCUGCUGCAGCACCUUGAUGACAUACCACCCAAAUAUAAACAAAGCAUCAGGAAUAAUGGUGGAGGGUUUGUCAAUCAUAACAUCUACUGGUCAACAAUGGCUUCGAACAAGGAAAACGUCACCACCAUGCCUUCUGGAGAGCUCCUAGAUGAGAUCAAUGCAUCCUUUGGAAGCUUUGAAGACUUCAAGAAUCAGUUCACUGGCAAAGCCCUAACCCUGUUUGGAUCUGGAUAUGUGUGGCUUAGCCGUCGCAAACCCUCAUCACCAUUUGAAGAAGUGGAGGAAGAGCCUGCAAGUCUUAUCAUCUCGACGACUGCCAACCAAGACACGCCCAUCUCAAACGGCCUUCAGCCAAUCCUGGUGCUGGAUGUCUGGGAACACGCCUACUACCUGAAGCACCAGAACAAACGAGCCAAUCACAUCGAGGACUGGUGGAGGGUAGUCGACUGGUCGGCUGUUGCCAAUUUGAGAGAUUGGUGGUCUGGGGAUUAUGAGGUUCAUGACGAGUUGUAGAUGAGGACAAGUGAAAUGCGGGUGAAUGGUGUCAACGAUGGGGUAUGGAAAAUAGGGUCCAUUGUUCACAGUGGUUUCUGAUGUUGUUGCAGUUUGAAGAAGGGUUGGACUAGCUAGGCACUAGGCAGGGCUCCGCACAAACCUUUUUUGAAGGGGGUCCGGAUUCAACUAUUUGAAGUCCGAUGCACAAGCUCUAUGUAGAAAUUUCAAAAAAUUCUGGGUCCAGACUUACAAUUUGGGCACCUGUGCGUCUUGGGGGCCUGUUAGUGUUGAGCCCUGCACUACGUCAGAUAGGUCACCAUGUGGUCAUUAGCUUUCAAACUGCACAUCAAACCUUUAAAUAGCCUUAAUUUUCAUCUUUCGUAGAAUUCCAUCCUUUCAAAUUUCUAACAUUACAUCUUUAGGAACCAUUUUACACAAAGCUCCUUUGAUUUUGAAAAUUAUUGUUUUAAAAGUGUAAUUGAUGAAAAAAGUACACAAGACUUUGUGAUCAAUUUGAUCAGCUCUCUUGCCUGACUCGUCCACAAUUUUCUGCUGAGACCAAGUUGUCCCUUGUACUGGGUUAGCAUACAUCCUCUAAUAUUUACUCUUGUUUGUUUGAGUUACUUAGCCGAGUAAUAUAGACACUGUGCAUGUUUACAGUAAAAGACAGAAACAUGGUAAAGAGACAGAAAGAGAGAUAAGAAUGAUUUAAUAACCUUUUUCUCUUUAAACCAACUUUCUCCGCCCCUUUUCUGUUGUGUAACAUGUGUUUGUUCAUCCGCCUGUUUCUACUU